AUGGUCGCCCUGUUUGGGCUUGACUGGGUGCUAGUCCUUCUAGUGCUAUUGUCCUUGAUGUUUUACUUCAAUAGACUUGUGGGGUCUUUGAUGACUGUCAUAUGUAAAAUACUAUUAUGGAAGCAAUACAAAGUAUCGGUGCAUUUUCAGUCAUUCAAAAUAUCAUUGCUAGCUGGAAGAAUCUUCUUCAAGAAUUUUUCAAUUGUGACGAAGGAUUGUACAAUUUGCAUAUUAGAAGGAAAUAUCACCUGGAGAUAUUGGUUCUUCAAUGUUAAGCAGUCAGAAUUCGGUUUAGCGAACCAAGAGUUAGAUGAUGGAGGUGAAUCAAAUAGCCCAAUUAGGAAUGAAGGACUCAGCUCAAGGUUUAGAGUCGAAAUGGAUGGUUUGGAAGUGUUUGUUUAUAACCGGACUUAUGCUUUCAUGAGUGUGUUAGAAGAACUUCAGAAAUCAUCCAAUGCCAAUGUUAAAAAUAUUACUCCUAUUAGCUCUAACUUUGAAAGAAGAAAUCAUGAUAAUGUUAUAGUAAAUCAUAGAAGGUUUACUAGCGGCUCUUUGGAUGGUUCGGAUAGGAGUAAAGAUUCCCUUUGCGAAAACACUUCUAGUAAUCACUCGCAGGAUGAGAUUGAUCUGACCGGUUCGCUGGUAUUUGAUAUUAUCAAGUGCUUGCCGAUCGAUCUAAAAAUUCAUAAAUGCGGUAUCGUCAUUGGUAAUGAAAACACGACAUCUGUUGUGGUUUGUUCUUUUAUUAAUGGAAGGGGGAGCUUUGAUAUUGGUUGUGCGGCCAAUCCUUCGGUGGAUUUCUAUAGACACAAUAUCAAACUUCUGAGCGAGAAAUUUCAAAUAACAUUGAAGCCAAAUAUCAGCUAUAAGGAACCAAUCAGCUCUUCGUUCUUAAAUAGUAGCGAUUUCAGUAUCCACAAAGAAUACACACGGAAGAGAAGACAGAGGAGAUUCAGAAAGUAUAAGAAUUUGUGGACGUCGUUUUUAAAAAUAAUGCAAAUUAAGAAACACAAAAAACAAGAUACACACGACAAAUCAAUAGAAGACAAAAAUGAAUGGAAAGGAUUACCUCAAUUUCUUGAAAAUGAAGAUGAUAACCUCUUGAAUGAUUACUCCGAUUUGCAAGAUGAAUUGUCGCAAGAGUACGCAAUUUAUAGAACAGUAGUAGAUGCCGAGAAAUGCGAAAUACUUUAUUACUAUGAUAUUCCUGGUAAAGUUCCUCAUGAUGGUCAAAUCAAUAAUGAAAAAUUAGGAAAGCUGGCCGAUGGAUCCCCAAAAACAGGUGUUGAAAUUGAAUUAUAUGAAUCAACCAUAUACUAUGGACCUUGGGCAGAUAGGCAAAGAAUUUCUAUUUACAAGGCUUUCUUCCCUCAAUCCAAUAACUUCGAAGACAGUCAACCUACUAAAAAAUUAGAUGCUGGAGAAACCAGAGAAUAUAGCUUUUUUGAUUUUUGUGUGAGAUUUGUGGAUGACAAGUCCAUUAUCAGAGUUCCGAUGAGAGAAUAUAGCAAAGAUAUUGCAAAUUCACUAAAUAGAUCUAAAAAAAUGGCGGACACUGCGAAGAUGGAGAAAGGGAGUGAGCCUGAUAGUUUUGUCAACAAGGAAUCUAAGGAAAAUGAAGAAACAGGGAAAAAACCGUUUGCAUGGUUAGAAUUAAAGCUUUUUGAAGGAAGUUUUAUUAAUUCCGUGACUGAUUAUGAAAGAACUCUGAACGGAAGUGAUGUUAAGCUUAACGUCUUAUUAAAGGAACCUGAAUUAAGGUCUUCCAUUAAUCAUAAUAUUUUCUACAGGGCUAAGGAGCACCGUCUUGAUAUAUCGAUAAAUUAUCCUUUAAUUUGGAAGCAAAUAAUAAAAUGGAAUAUUUCAAAUAAAACAUCCAGCUGUGAAUUUUUCAUUUUGAGAGAACACGUUUCCCUCAUUUCUGACAUGAUCAAUGAUUUUGCUACCGUGGAAGAAAGCUUGUUGAACGAUCCCUGUGAAACGGUGAAUUCCUAUAAUUUGUUCAGGCCAUAUGAAUAUAAUGUGAACUGGAAGAUCGAAAAUGGUGUCAAGUUAUAUUUGAACAUCAAUAAUCAAAAUAUUAUUAACAAUCCAGUGGAUUUUGAUGAUAACACCUACCUAUCUUUCCAAGCGCCAUCUUUAAAUAUUGAUUUGCUGAUACCAAUGCAUGUUAUUUUCCAAAAAUCAAAUUCAAUUAAUUUUGACAUUUCAUCUGAAAAUCUUUCUUUAGUCGUUGAUACUCCUGCUUGGAGCACCUUAAAUACCUUCCUUAAAAACAAGGAGUUGGCAAAUGGUACUGACUUCAAAAUACGCGGCUCAUAUACUUACUAUAGUAGUAUUGAAUUAAACUUGGUGGACAGUAUAAUAGUCAACUGCUUUUUAUCAAAUACGACAUUCCAUGCGUAUGGGUUUUUAAUAAAAUUCAUCAUGGACAUUAAAGAAAACUACUUUGGGGAAAAUAUCCACUUUCAAACCUUGGAAGAAUAUACUGAUAAAAAGCAUGAAAAUGAAAAUAUAGAGCAUGAUUCUGAUCUGGCGUUCUCUAGUAAUAAUGGAGAGAAAUCAGUGAAGCCUGCAUUUGAAUCCGAGCCAGAGUUCAGGUCAAGAUCACGGAACAAGACAAAAGAGCCUAAACAAUUUCGUCGGAUAGAAAACGAAAUCGAUGUUUUAUUUUCCUUCUGUGUUGAUAAUGGCUGUUUAAUUUUACCUUGUAAUUUAUACGAUAGUGAUUCUUUCAUCGCUGCGAGACUUCCGAACUUUGAUAUUGACAUUAGAUUCACGAAUUACUAUAUGGAUUUACAAUGUGAUAUAUCUCCUUUGAAAGUUACUCAUGUUGUGAAUGAUCCCGAUGCUGUUAAUAGAGUGGUUCAUGAUACAGAUUUGAAUAUUAAUCCUGACAUGUUCAUCAAUGGAUUAUCAAUUCAUGGUCAUAGGAUUUUUGGCUUACCUCCAUUGGAGCCGACAUAUAUUUGUGUAUGGGAUAUUAGCGCAGGCGCUAUUUCAUUGAAUACUAAUGGCUUAUUUAUUCAAUCAUUUUUGGGAUCUAUUCAGAAUCUUGGUUACACAUUCAGAGACUUUGAAAAUUCGUUGAUUGUGGAAAUUCCGGAGUUGAAUGAUGUCACAAUUUUUACUUUCAAAUGCCCAUCGGUAUCUGCGAGCCUUUUAGAUAGAGAGCUGAAAGUUUGUUUGAAUUUAUCUUUGGAGCCAAUAAAUUUGAGACUCAAUGAUUUAGCAAAUGGCAGAUACAGUUCGCGAAUGGAUUUGAAAAUUAAGAAUAUUAUUUUAAAAAUGACUGAGCAGGAAUCAUCCAAGAUUUUAUUAUACUUGACUACGUCAUUGUAUCUUUCCAAUUUUUGCAGAAAGAAAGAAUUCACCGAACAUAGACGAUUACAACAGGAACAUCUAAAGACCAAUGAUGGCCCAUUUCAUAGAUCACCUUUCUUCCUCAGAGAGGAAAACAGAGAUGAAUACUACAACAAAAAUUAUGGGAAAAUUCUCGCAUCUUUGUCUUUGCCAGAUAUUGCUGCGCCUAUAACAAAUCAAACUGUUGAUUUCAUCUUUGAGGAUUCUCCUAUUGGUGAUCGCCAGUUGAACUCGUCUAAUAUCUUUGAUAGCUCAGAGGAUGUUUUAGAUACAUCUUCUGUUACUAGCACUGACGAAGAUUUUGGAGAAGCUGAAGCUGACUCAAGCUUGCUCGAAUUCCUACCAAAUAAAAAAUUAUCUGGAAAAAAAUUAAAUAGCAAACAACACAAAAAAAUUUUAGGGGAAAACUAUUUCAUCGAUACAACUAAUAUUGCAGAUGUGACUCCCCAGCUUGAUAUGAGUGAUGAAAGAUAUGAAUAUGAUAAUUUCAUUUUCAAUUUGUCAAGCAUUGAUGGCUUUCUUUCGCCAUCGUCAGUUCUUGGUCUUGUUAAAAUUGCAGAUGGUUUCAUUGACUCCUCUGCUGAUAUAAUUUUGGAUAAAUUGCAACUCUUUGUCCUCACCAAACUAUUGCUAAUGGAAGAAAGUACAUUCGCGGCUAAAAACAUUAGAUUUAUAACCCCUUCUGUCAAUGUUUAUUAUGGUGACUUUUCAAAGGAUGCAACAAUUGACGGCUUUGAGAAUGUUAUAAAUUCUGAAAAGAAUGAUAAAGGUUGUUUUCUGGAUCUCUCUAAAGUAUUUGAUAUGAAUUACAUCUAUUUAUCUGUCAAAACACCAUCAAUUGUUGCCAGUUUUAAAGAAAGUAUGACCAAUAAAGAAACUGCUUCUGAGUCUCUAAUUGCUAUGCACUUACCUGCUGUUUCCAUAAAAGUAGUUAACUUGGAUGCGCCUAACUCAGAGGAUCUGGCAGCUACUCUACGUUUUGAAGAUUUUGAAAUUUGGCUUGACCAAAGCCUUUCUGUGGUUUCAUCGUUUGAUUUGGAAGCCUUGGAAGUAUCAUUGGAUUCUGAGCAGAUAAAAUGGUUGGCAAAGAUAAUUAAAUAUAAUAGUGAUUGUUUAAUGCCGGCGAUUGAUCAAUUACAGGCUUUGGGGACAAGGUUUGAAUAUUCAAUAAUUGAAUUGAUUUACAAAUUGUCUAUUGCCAGUGAAAAAUAUAACAUUCAUCAUGACUCGUCCGUUCUCACUAAACCUACCUACAUUACAAGAAACUCUGAGGCGAAACAUGUCAGAUCAUUUGAUAGUUGGAGAAUCCUUGUGAGAUUGCGUCAUAUUUUGAAAAGUUUACCUGCUGAAUGGGAUGAAAAAACUUUCGUUGAUUCUGAAAAUUGGAAAGAUCAUGAUAACGCGUUCAAUCAUGUCCUUGAAGUUUUCUCAAAGUGGAGAAGCUGGGAAUUUUCUGAUAUCAGACGAAGUUUUGUAUUCAAAAGUGCUUUUAAAAAUCUCUUCAAAGAUGAAGAGAAGCAACCACUGAAAAGUAAAGGGCUUUAUGUUAAUAUUUCCAACUUGGUGGUUAGAUUGGAAUCUAAAUUAGAGCAAGACAUAAUACGUUUAAUUGGAUUGGAGGCUGAAACCUUCAGUCAAUACGGCAGGGACUUGAAAGUCGCCUUAGAGUUGCGGUCCAUUGAAUCAAAGAUUUCAACGAUCUCUUUGUGCUUAAUUGAUGCUAUUAUUAUUUUGGGCACAAUGCUACCAUCGAAGUCAAUGACAGAUGAAAAUCAGGAACUUUCUACCAAGACAAAAGAUGGUGGGGAUAUUCAUGUAUCCGCUUCUUUAGGAAAAUUCAAAAAUACGAUUGUCAUUGACAGAAUUCAUCACGAAUUUGAGGUUUUAGGAGUAUUGAGCUCGAAUGUUUCUUUGUCUGAGUCAUUGGAUCAAAAUGCAUUGAAUAAUAUCUUGCAUUUAGAUUCUUGUAGCUCCAAAAUAUGUCUUGAUAAAGAGAUCUUCGCCCAAAACUCUGUGAAUGGUAUCGAUGUCAAUAUCUCCAAUACAGGAUCCUUUAUCAACAACUUGACAGUUUUGGAGUCCAAUAUCGAUUCUGUAUACUGUGACAUUUCUAGGGGCUCUUAUGAUUAUCUUAAACUUUUGGCAGUUAUAAAUAACUAUGAAAUAAACCAGUUGGCCCACAUUAAACAACUGCUUCAAAGACUAUCUUCAGGUACGACGACGAAUGAUAAAGAAUCUACGACCACUAAAGAGCAGGGAUCUUUGCUUGGUAUUUUGGACAAUAUCAAAAUUAGCUCUAAUUUUGCUGUCGAAAAUUUUUAUUGGAAUAUUGAUGUUUUGUCACCGGUGCUUGUCUCAGGAAAGAUUGGACGAUCAGAAUUCAGUACAGUACUUGCGAAAAGGAUGGUUUAUUGUGAAUAUAAUUUUGAUGGAUUGGAAUGCAAUUUUAUUCAUAAUACCUACGGUAAAAAGUUUUUGGCGAGAUAUCAACAAUCGUACAGCUCGAUGGUAAUAAAGGGAAAUCUCAAUGAGGACAGACCAUUAAUCCAGUUAGACUGGAAUUCCAAAAUUAAUGAAUUCUCCAUUCCAUCGGCGUUGAGGUCUCUUAAUGAUAUUUUGAAUGCCAAAGUGCAAUUGAAUGGUAUUGUGGAUGAGUAUGUUCUGUAUGGUAAAAUGAUACAAGAAAAACUCGAAGUGAUGUUGAAAACAGAGCCAACUAGUGAAGAGUCUCAUAAAAACAGUGACCCUGGAUUAAACGAAUUUUUGGAAAAGGUGAUGUUCAAGACGUGUAUCGUGAAUAACAUCAUCAAAUUCAGCGUCGGGGUUGAUGAAACAAAGGCCGAGUUGAAAUUCAUGGACACAACUUUCUUGGGGGGAAAUUUUGAUAUUGACAGCUCGGAAUCUCUUGUGAAAACUGCUCUAUAUGGUGAUUUGAUUUUACCUACAACCUCAUUGUCUCUAUUUGAUCCGAUUGUUCCGCAAUACUUAACCCAGCUUAUUGAAUUCAACCUCGAGAUCAAAUUAAGCAGCUCCAAGGGCCAAGAGGAUUCAAGAAGAAUGGUUGAAAUGACAUCCGAUUUCUUUAGAAUUUUCUUGAAUCCUUAUUCGUUAGUGAAAAUAAUGGAAAUUAUUGUCAGAGCCCAGAUAAUCAACGAGGCUUUUAUUGAGAAUGAAGCUGAAAUUGGGCAAGUAGUUACGCCAGUGGUUACACCAGGGUCGAACACAAGCCCGGAGCUCUUCUUCAAAAAUUUGUCGAUUCACAUUCUAUCUUACAAUUUUUGCUUUGGUUGGCUAUUUGGAGGUGAAGAAUCGCAAGCGGUUGGAAAAGGGGUCAUUGUUGGUUGCGAACGGGUGUAUAUCAUUACUGAAGAGACGCUAGGUAAACUUACAAUUGUUGAUGGGUACUGUUCAAGUUUAGGCAAUGAUACAUCUGUGAACUUCAAUGCCAAGAAUGAUUCGACUCAAAGAGCCUUAUUACCCAACGUUCAAUUAAUCUUUUCAAUUUCAAAAUCAUCAAAAGGUACGAAAAGCCUCAAUGUUAAAGUAACUGGUGAAGUCCUAGAUGUGAGAUUGAUUUCCCAAUAUUUUUACACUAGCGACAACUUGAUAAAAUCGCUUGCCAUCUUCCAGAAUUUGAAAGCCGAAUUGGUGCCAACUAUCAAUUAUCAGAAAAAGCCGGUUACCGAAUUGGGGGAUUCUAAUUAUAUAGAUUCUUUGGGGACAUUUUUUGCCUCUGUUAAUUGUGUGAUUAAUUUUGCCGGGGCCAAUAUUAGAAUUGAUAGGUCUCAAACAAGUGAAUCCUCUUUGGAAUUGCACUCUCCUGCAGUGGAAAUUAGUAUUGGUUAUAAGAAAGUAAUUGGGGCGUUGAAGCAUUUGGUAAGAUGUGAUGUCACAACAUUUGCAUCAGACAACACUUUGGAAUCAUCUUGUGUGCCAGUUUUGAUGGAUAUUUGGUACGGAAUUAAUUCAAUGAUGAAACAUGAUUCUUUGAUGAGGACCAAGGAAUUAAUGACUAAGGAGAAUUGCAUAGAAGAUGAGGAAAAUGCGGCUUUGUCUUCUCAUCCGAUUGAUUAUGUUGCGUUGAUACAUAAUAUUGACUUUAGUGGCUUAUUAAAUAUCCAGCCACAGAGUCUUACUUUAAGUUGUGCACCAAAUGCAAAGAUCAACGCGGUAAUUUCUACCGGCGGUAUCAAACUUCAACUCAAUACUGUUGAAGAAGGAGAAAAAUUGGGAGCUGGGUCAUUGCUAUUUAGUGAGAUGACGGCAAAACUUCAACACGCCUACUCUCGAGAAGUCAGUGGCUCUUUUUCGAUUGGACAAAUUAUGAUAAAUGCAAUUCUACAUCAAGAGAAUCAAUUGUUGAAAAUCAUCACUUCUGGAGAGAUUUCAAAAAUCAUUUCGUACGUCAAAGUUAGUCAAUUACAAGAUCUAAAUAUCUUUAUGGACACUUGGAUGCCUAAAGACUUGAUGGAGCAAUACGAAAACCCAUUCUCUAAGGUGAGCAGUUACGAAGCUCCUGAAAUCUCUGAAACCAAUGAAUCGAAGAGCAAAACGUUUGCCGAAAGAUUUCAACAAGUAUCCACCACCAAUGCGUUCCCAUGGAACGUUAAUUUUGUAAUAUCUGAUGUCAGUUUGAAAAUUGAUCUUGGUCAAAGUUUGGGAGUGGCGAGUCUUCUUUUGGAUAAAUUCUGGUUAGUUCAAAGAAAGAGUUCUCAUUGGGAACAGAAUUUAACUAUUGGAAUGGAUAGUUUGGUUUUGAAAUGUGAAGGGAGAUUGACGGCGGAAAUUGCGAUCAGGAACCUGAGAUUAAACUCGGUGAUCAUGUGGGCUACCGAAAACGAGGUCUAUGAAAUUCCGUUAGUGUUCUUGUCAGGCGGGGUUGAGGCGUUUGAAAUAAUUAUUGGGUUUGAUUAUCACACCAUCUUCGUUGCUAAUGUCGAGCAUUUUUAUUUAAGUCUCUUUAACCAACGAGAUCAGGAUGAGGCUAACCUUGAUAAGUUAUUUGGUACUGCAUCGUUGAAACAGGUCAAUAUUUAUACCACAUGUUUGGCGUCUUCUACAUUUGUGGAUAUUGUGAAUGCCUUCAUGAGAAUUAGGGCCAAUACCGAAUCAUCAUACAAUGAGGUUUUAUUGGAUGCGGGUGCCAACGCUCUAAAGAAAGAAAAUCUGAAGCCUACCAAACAAAAAGACUAUAGUAUUUUAGAAAAAUUCACCAAUUUAAAGACAGGGGUAGGUGUUACGAUUGAAGGAUUCCUAUUACAAAUCUAUCCAACUUCAUUGAUGGACACUGAUGUGUUGGUGGUUAAUUCUGGGAGAGUAGGGGCAAAGUAUAGUAGAAGAUUAGAAAAAGAAAAGUUAUCUUCUGAUCUAAGUCUCCAAUGGAACAAUUUGGAUGUUGCUUUAUCUAAACUUCGUACUGCUUUCCAACAUAAGCAGGUUGAUUUUGGAAAUUUUGCUCUUUACAUUGAACAUUCACUUGGAGCUAAAGGUGGGACGAUUUUCACUUUGCCGAUGAUUCUGAUUGCCAUGGAAACAUCGCAGUUGAAUAAUGAUAAACACGUGAAUUAUACCUUCAAUAGUUCGUUUGGCGGUAACGUUGAUAUCAGAUGGAAUUUGGGGUCGAUUAAUUUCAUUAGGGCGAUGCAUGAGUCUCAUGAAAAGGCGUUAUCUUCACGAUUAGCCAAAAAUAAAAUGCUCAGUAAAUCUAGUAGUUUGGCAGAGGAGAAACUCGAGGCGUUGAAGAUUAAAGAAAGAGUGGAACAUGCAGAGCAUGAUAGUGAAUAUGAGUAUGUGGCAAUUGAACCUCCAGUGAUUGAGCCGCCGCACUUGAAAGAAUUGGGGGAUAUCACUCCUCCUUUAGAGUGGUUCGGGCUUCACAGAAAGAACUUCCCGGCUUUAACCCAUCAUUUCUUCAUUUUACCAUUAGAGCAGUUUGUCAUUAAUGUUGAAAAACAAUAUAAUUCUGUGUUGGGUAAAGCUUGA